AUGUUUGGAAGCCACCUUUCUCCAAAGAAACACGCUGCAAUUGCGAAAGUUGUUGGUCGGAAAUGCUCAGUUCGGUGUCUUGUAAAUGAUGUUGACAUGGAAGCGUUAUGGGACACUGGAGCUCAGGUCUCUAUUUUCCCGGAACAGGUACUGUCUGACAAUUUCUCUUAUGCGUAUUCUGGUCUGAAUGCGUAUUCUGGUCUGAAUGCGUAUUCUGGUCUGAAUGUAACAGCGGAAAUGAGACACCGAUUUAAAGGCUGUGUGGAAGCUAGAUUUAGAUUAAACCGAGAAGAUUAA